AUGGAAAGAAUUCCCAGGUGGCUGCUAUUUUCUAUAAUAUCGUCGGUACUAUGUAUACUGGGGGCCCUGUGUGUGCCGUUGUUAUCGGUUGCGUUUGAUAGCAAGCGGAAUAGUCAAUCUAAGUUGGUCAACUACGGCCUUUCUUUAAGUGCAGGGUCUAUGAUCACUACAUCACUAUAUAUGUUGUUGCCUCGAAUCGAAAAAUCAAACCGAUUCAAGGUAUUUCCCGGGUUGCUUCUGGGUAUUUGUCUCAGUUUUUUCCUAAACUACCUUGUUCAUGCUUUCGCCAGCGAGUCGUUGGUACACUGUGCUGAUAAGUCUGAUCAUAACCCCGAUUCUCAUAUACAUGCACAGUCACUCUCUCACUCACAUUCGCAUCUUGACAAUGAUCAUGACUUGGAGAGUUCCCGCUCUGAACAUGAGUAUUUGACCUCUUCGAGUGUUUCUGAAAAUGACCCACUAGUUUCAAAGGACAGCCGUAGGCCGCAAAUAAAAAAGAAGGUGUCCUUGAUUGACUUGCUAACGAGAAGGAAAUCGGAAGGUGAGUGCUGCGAUUUGGACAAGUGCACACCGCUCUUACAAUCAGAGCAACCAGAAUAUAUUGCAUGUGUUCCACCAGUUAUAAAAUCUUCUCAAAGUGAAAGAAAUGUACCACACAGGUGUGAAGGGGUUGAUGAUAACUCACAGUUCGAUAAUAAGGAUCACCGUGGUCUUGUCUGUAUGGAAAAUAAUGUUGGAUACGAUCUAGAAAAUCUAUCGUUGUACCGUAGAAAUUUUCUUUCGAGCCGUCAUCAUAGUACCUGUGAAUCUACUGGAAAUUAUGGUUCCAAUCAACUGUCACACUCUUCAGCAUCAUCUUUGGAAAAUGAUACAGCUGAGAAUCGAACCUCAUUGACAGAAACACAGUGCCAUUCAGAAAAUGGUUCUUUGUACCGUCACCAUCACCACUUAGAGACUCCAUUUUCUAAAUUGUUGUCUAUUGGUAUGCAAACUUGUCUAGUUCUUGCAUUGCACAAAUUCCCGGAAGGGUUCAUCAUUUUCUACACUAAUAGAUCAGACUCGUCGAAGUCCUUAGGGUUUUCCAUUUUUUUAAGUUUAACAAUUCAUAACUUCGUCGAGGGGUUUGCAAUGACUUUACCAUUCUACACUGCUUUUGAAUCUAAAUGGGUCGCUAUCUUAAUAACCACUGUUCUUGGCGGUGGUUCUCAACCAUUGGGUGCGUUGAUAGGUUAUUUCAUCUUCAGGGGCAGUACUCCUAGGGAAGACGAACCUAAUAUGGAUCUUUUACUAAGCAUCACCGCAGGGUUUCUAUUGGUAAUCGGUUUGCAGAUGUUCCAAACUGGUAUCGGGUUUAGCGAUGGACACCACCAUCAUCAAGGAGAAGGUGAUAAAGAAAUGAAACAAUCACAUAGUUCUGGUACGACUUGUUUGAAAUGGUGCUGCACCGGUGUUUUGCUAAUUCUAGCCAGUGCCCUAUUCACUUGA